AUGACAGUUGUGUGGGAAAGGAUUUGGAAUUAUGAAGUAAAAUAUUUUAUAAAUUACUGUGUUUAAAUGACAGCAGGAAAAGAAACAAUGGGCGAACAACCAAUCUUCACGUGUAAAGCGCACGUGUUCCACAUAGACCCGAAGACGAAAAGGUCCUGGAUGUCGGCCAGCUCUGCUGCAGUCUCCGUCUCCUUCUUCUAUGACUCCUCAAGGAAUCUCUAUCGCAUCAUCAGUGUUGAAGGCACAAAGGCGGUAAUAAACAGUACGAUCACAGCAAAUAUGACAUUUACGAAGACAUCUCAGAAGUUUGGUCAGUGGAGCGAUGUGCGCGCUAACACCGUCUACGGACUCGGCUUUGCUUCUGAAGCGGAGCUGGGAAAGUUUAUAGAGAAGUUCCAAGAGGUGAAGGAGGCGAUACAGGCGCAGCAAUGUGGCGGCAAGGCGGCGCCCAACGGCAGCAGCGGCGCCGCCACACCCGUCGCCAGCGCGACCGCCAGCCCCCUGCUGGCGGGCCGCGCACCCCCCGACGAGCCCCCCGCACUCUCACCAGCACAGCCGAUAAAGACCGACAAUGAUGAGAUGAUGGUGCAUCAAAGAGCUCAUUCUGUGUCCUCCACUUUACAGGGUGGUGGGUACGCGACGGUGGGUCGUGCUCCUCGCGGACCUCUGUCCUCCAGUGCCGCACCCCCCGCACCCCCCGAGCCCGCCGCUGAGACAACUGAGCAACAACUGCGCUACGAGAACGACCGCCUCAAGCUUGCGCUUGCGCAGAGUUCAGCGAACGCUAAGAAGUGGGAAGUAGAGUUGGCAACACUGAAGAGCAACAAUCUCCGUCUGACCGCCGCGCUGCAAGAGAGCACCGCCAACGUGGACGAGUGGAAGCGUCAGCUGCAUCAGUACCGCGAGGAGGUCGCCCGCGCACGGCACUACGCGGGGAAAGGUGGUGAUGCAAACGAAGUAGAACAGCUGCGACAGCGCGUGGCGCAGCUGGAGGCGGAACUGGCGCAGAAGAAUGAAGAACUGGCUCAAAUCACCAAGUCCAAGAAGAGUGAACAGGACGCAGAGGCAAAACUGGCUCAGAGUCAGCUGGAGCUGGCGCUGGCCGCACAGGACGGACAGCGGCAGGUGUUGCAGGCCCUCAACGACCAGCUGGCGAGGCAGCUCGAGGAGCUCUCGACGAUCCAUCGCGAGAUAAACACCGCGUUGCAAACAUGAGACGCGGCCUCGGUGCAGCCGCCGCCGAUAUAUGCGGCCGUCAGCAAGGAGCGUCGUGCUGCACUGCCGCUGCUGCUGCGUGCGCCACACCCUAACCCCGCCCACAGCACCGCUAACCCCGCCCACAGCACCGCUAACCCCGCCCACAACACCGCUAACCCCGCCCACAGCACCGCUAACCCCGCCCACUCGGCACCUCACAUCUAUAGCACCGCUAACCCCGCACAUUCCGCAGCCCAGCACAUCUACAGCGCCACAAACCCCGCCCACGUAGCUCAACACGUGUACGGUGCUCCUCCCUCAAACCCCGCCCACUCUGCAGCUAGCCCCGCCUACUGCAGCUCUCAGCCCGCCCCCGAGCCCGCCUACGUCACGCUUAAAGCGAAGAAAUGAAGAGUGCUCUCGGUAUUUCGAAAGGUGCAUGAAUUCUUUUAAAUUAUUAUAUACGUUGUCUUUAAUCCUGUAAUCUUUAACUGUCUUGUGACUGUUUUUUUUUAUUAUAAAGGGUUGGGUGUUUUAAAAU